AUGUCCGAACAAGAAGCUCAAGCAGCUCAAGCAGCUCAAGCAGCCGCCCCCGAGGCAACCCAAGCACCCGCAGAGGGCCAAGCUCCCCAAGAAGGUGAAGCCGGCCCUUCCAAGAAGGCCCUCAAGAAGGCCGAGGCCAAGGCAAAGAAGGAAGCCCUCAAGGCCCAGCGCGCCGCUGAACUCGCCGCCCAACAAGCCGCCGCAAAGCUGAGCCUCGCCGACGAUCCCGCCAAGGACAGCUACGGAAACAAGCAGGUCACCAGCGCUGCUUUCAGCAAGGAUGCCGAGGAGGUCGAGAUCCGAAACCUUGACGAGUCGUACAAUGGAAAGACCGUCAUCGUCCGCGCUUGGCUCCAGAACUCGCGUGUUCAGAGUGCCAAGAUGGGCUUUAUCGAGCUGCGAAAGGGUGGAAACUGGGAUAUUCAGGGUGUGAUCAUGGCUUCUGAGCAGGAGCCUGUUGUCAGCAAGCCCAUGGUCAAGUGGAUCACCAGCAUCAGCCCUGAGAGUUUCGUUGCUGUUGAGGCCAAGGUUAAGCAGCCUCUUGAGCCUGUCAAGAGCUGCCGUGUUUCCACUCUUGAGCUUCACAUUACCAAGUGCUACGUUCUUGCUCCCGCUCCUGCUGUGCUGGGUAUGACUCUUGAGGCUGCCAGCCAGCCCAUUGUCAACUUCAGCGAUGAGAGCAAGGCUGGUGAGGAGGCUGAGAAGGAGAAGGCUGAGAACACUUCUACUGUUCCCUCUGCUAGCAUGUUGACCCAUCUCGACAACAUUGCCAUGCACAAGCGAACUCCUGUCCAGCAGGCUAUUGCUGACAUCCGUAUCGAAGUCAAGCGCCUUUUCCGCAACUACCUCGAGCCCCGCCACUUCAAGGAAUUCGAGCCUCCCUGCCUCAUCGGUGCCGCCUCCGAGGGUGGUGGUAACGUCUUCCGACUGCCCUACUUCGGAGAGGAGGCUUUCCUCGCCCAAUCGCCCCAGUUCUACAAGCAGUUCGAGAUUGCCGGUGGUCGCGAGCGUGUUUUCAGCUCUGGUCCCGUUUUCCGUGCUGAGAACUCCAACACUCCUAGACAUAUGACUGAGUUCACUGGUCUUGAUCUGGAGAUGGAGAUCAAGGAUUCUUACCUUGAGGUUCUUGAUGUUCUUGAGGGUGUCCUUCUGUCCAUUCUCCGUGGUAUUCACGAGCGCUGCGCUACCGAGAUCGAGACCGUCCGAUCCGCUUACGCCUCCGAGCCCCUCCUCCUCCCCGAGCCCGGCAAGGAAGUCCGCCUGUCCUUCGCCGAAGCCCAAAAGCUCCUCCGCGAAGAAGGCCCCGCCGAAUUCGCCAACGUCCGCGACGACGAAGACAUGAGUACACCCCAAGAGAAGGCCCUGGGUGAAGUCGUCCGCAAGAAGUACAACACCGACUUCUACGUCAUCGACAAGUUCCCCGAGACGGCCCGUCCCUUCUACGCCAAGCUCGACGACGACAUCAACAACACAGUCGGCGACGGCGUCCGCGUGACAAACGCCUUCGAUAUGUUCAUCCGUGGCCAGGAGGUUCUCUCUGGUGGUCAGCGUAUCCACAACCCUGAUGAGCUUGAGGAGCGUAUCAAGGCCAAGGGUGUUGAUCCCAAGUCUGAUGGUAUUAAGGAGUACCUUGCUGUUUUCCGACAGGUUGGUGUUCCUGCUCACGGUGGUGGUGGUUUCGGCCUUGAUCGUAUUGUUGCUUGGGCUUUGGCUUUGCCUAGUGUUCACCUUGCUGCUUACUACCCCCGUACUCCCAAGCGACUUGCGCCAUAA